AUGGCAGGCAAGAAGAAAGAAGUCCAGUUACAGACAGUCAUCAAUAAUGAAACCCUGUGGGAAGAAAUGUUGCAGAACAAAGGCCUAACAGUAAUCGAUGUCUACCAAGCUUGGUGUGGACCUUGCAAAGCAAUACAGACUUUGUUCCGGAAGCUGAAAAAUGAGCUUUCAUCUGACGAGGAGCUUCUGCAUUUUGUUGUGGCAGAAGCAGACAGUCUGGUGACCCUGCAGCCAUUUAGAGAUAAAUGUGAACCUGUUUUCCUCUUUAGUCUUAAUGGCAGGAUCAUAUCAAUGGUUAGAGGUGCAAAUGCACCUCUGUUAAAUGCUAAAGUGAUUCAACUAAUAGAAGAUGAAAGGAAAAUAUUAGCAGGGGAAAUGAUCCGCCCAGUGCUUCCUGAAUUAGUACUGACAGAUUCAGAUGAAGGUGAAGAUGUGGUUGACACUCCAGAAGUACCUGCGGAGGAUAUAUACAAUGUAUUGGUAAUAAGACCAAGUGCAGUAGAAGAGGAAAGAGCAGAAGAAAUUAAACAAAUGAUUGUGAAUUUUGGCGUUCUCAUAGUAGCAGAGGAGCAGAGGAUCCUAGAUGAUGAGCAAACUAGAGAUUUUUAUCAUGAGAUUUCAGAUAAGUUUGACUUUGAAGAUUUUGUCUUAUAUACAACAAGUAACCCAAGUUAUAUUCUGGGCAUUUCCCUGGGACCCCCGGUAAAAGAAGGAGAAACGAAAGAAAAAACAGAUCAGCCAAAGGAAAAAGAGGGUCAGUCAGAAGAAAAAGAUCAGCCAGAAGAAAAAGAGGGUCAACCAGAAGAAAAAGAAGAUGAAUCAGAAGAACCAAAAGAAGAAGAAGAAGUAGAAGAAGAAGAAGAAGAAGAAGAAGAGAAGCCAAAUAGCAUACGAGAGCUGUUGGAAAGGAAAGAGUUGUUACCAGUUUGUGAUCUUGUAGACAAUCCAGAAUUGGCAAGGAGGCAUCUCAUUCUAUUUUUUCCAGAUUUUGCUAAAACAAAAAAUCUCGAGCUGUUGGUUGAAAGGACACUGGCUAUAAUCAGACCUGAUCUCUUAAAUGGAAAUGUCGAGGACAUUCUGGAACUCCUCCAGAAAGAGGGCUUUGUCGUAAAAAUGGAAAAAGAGUUGUCCUUGACGGAGGAGGAAGUCAAAACAUUUUAUGACCACUACAAGUAUAGAGACUUUUUCUCAACUCUGAUAGAGCACAUGAGCAGCGCUCCAGUUCUGGCACUUUGUUUAGAACGAGCAAAUGCUGUGCACUACUGGCGAUAUAUACUGGGCCCAACAGCUGUUAAUGAAAACCCCACCAGUUUGCGGGAAAUUCUUGGCCCAGAAAAUUCUCAGUUCAACCAACUUCAUGGAAAGGAUUCCCCAGCAGCUGCCACUGAAGAAAUUCGCUUCUGCUUUCCUUAUGAGCACACUGUGGCAUUGAUCAAGCCUCAUGCCUUCCAAGACCUGAGGGGGGGUAUCAUAAGAAAGAUUCAAGAAAGUGGGUUUUCGGUGUCCCACAUGAAGGAAAUUCAGUUAACUCAAGACAAGGUCAAGACGCUUUAUCACGCUCAUAUAGAAAAAGACUUCUUUGAGGACUUAGUGUUUCACAUGACUGAGGGUCCCUGCAUGGCUAUGAUCAUAAGUAAGGAGAAUGCAGUGCAGGACUGGAGAAAGUUAGUUGGCCCAGCAGACCCAGAAGAAGCGAGAAAGGUUGCCCCUGAGUCCGUCCGGGCCCUCUUCGGGAAGGACAUCUUGGACAAUGCAGUGCAUGUAUCAUCUACCAAAGAACACGCCCUGAAGACCAUUGAGUUGUUAUUUGGAGAUAUCGAUUUGGACUUCGUGGAGCAUGAUAUGUAAGAGCUCUCAGCAGAUGUUGCUCCAUUCCAUCCACAUGUGCUACAGCAGUGAAAUCUAUGAUACACCUUCCUCUUGCAACAAUGGGAACAGCAGCCUGUUGGGGGAAAGG